CCGUUGCGAGUCUGUGACUCACAUACAAAUUCACACAUUCCGACCAUAGUUUGAACCCGCAAGGCCGAACCGGUGCAGAAGAAAACUUGACAAAGCCCUGGAAAGGAGCCCGACCCAACAUACCUGCUCGCCAGCUCUAUGCAAGAGCAUAUACAGUAGAAUGCAUUUCCAGACGCUCCCAGGACUGCGACAGUGAAGAGGCCUGAGCGUGCGGUGCGCAGCACGCAGGCCCUAGCAGGCCGUCCAGCUUUUGCGAACACAAACCACCGACGAGACAGGCGCGCCUGAGCCACAAUGGAGCACGACGGCGUGUUCCCGCGUGGCAGCGUUAAAAAAAUCCGUGUGACGGACCUCAUGAGUUUUGUGGGCACGCUGGAGCUGGUGCCGGGCGCCCGCGUCAACCUCAUCACCGGCCCCAACGGCAGUGGCAAGAGCAGCCUGGUCACUGCGUUGUGUGUGGGACUGGCAGGAGGAAUGAAGACGCUGGGCCGCCAGAAGGACGCUGCGGAGCUCAUCCGCCGCGGCUGCUCCGCCUUUGAGGUGGAGGUCACGCUCAGUGGCGGUCCCGGCCAGCCCGACAUACGCGUGCACCGCCGCACAGAGGCAGCGCAGGGCCGCCAGACAGGGGAGCGCCGCCGCCGGCCGCAGAAGCGGCAGCGCACGACGCAGCAGCAGCAGCAGGGCGGAGCCAGCAAAGCCGCAGGCGCCGCGGGCGCAGGCUCGGAAGGGGGACUUGGAGAGGCGGAUGAUGCCGAGGAGGAGGAGGAGCUGGAUGGGGAGGAGGAGGCGGGGGGCACGGCGGGCGGCGGAGCUCGCGGUCGCGGCGGCAGCCACACCACGUGGCGGCUGGACGGGCGGGCGGUGCCUGAGGCGCGUGUCAAGGAGCUGACGCGGCAGCUGGGUAUCUACUUUGACAACCUGUGCCAGUUCCUGCCGCAGGAGCGCGUGUCCGAGUUCGCGGCCCUGAGUGCGGUGGAGCUGCUUGAGAACACGGAGAAGGUCAUCGGCGACGGCCACCUGCUGCGGACACACCAGCAGCUGGUGGACAGGAGCAAGGCGCUGCGGGCCAAGCGGGAGGACCUGGCCCGCACCCGGGACCUGCUGGCCAAGCUGCAGAAGGAGCAGGCGGACGCGGAGCCCGAGUACCGCCGACUGCAGCGCCGGGACGAGCUGAAGGAGGAGGUGAAGCGGAUCACGCAGAAGCUGCGGUGGGUGGAGAAGCAGGCCAAGGAGGCGGCGGUGCGCCGCGCGCAGCAGGCCGUGCAGGCGGCGGCGGCGCGCGUGGCAGCGGUGCAGCGGGAGGUGGAUCAGGCACAGGCGCCCCUCACGGCGCUCAACCACGACCGGGAGCGUUUGGACCAGGCGGCAGCUGGCCGGGUGCGCGCCAUCGAGGCCCAGGCCAGGAAGGUAGAGACGGCGCGUAGGCACCUGGAGGCGGCGGAGGUGGCGCUCAAGCAGCGGGAGGAGGAGCUGCAAGGGCUUCGGGCCAGGUCGGAUCGGUGGCGUGCCGAGGUGGCGCGUUGCCAGGAGGGGCUGCGCAAGGUGGCGGCGGACCAGGCGGCGGCGCCCACCGCCCUCAGCGCGCAGCAGGCGCAGCGGCUGGAAGAGAUUGCGGGGGAGCUGCAGGCGGCGGCGGGCGAGGUGGGCGGUGCGGAGGCGCAGGUCAACCAGAAGAACCAGGAGGUGCUGGGGAUUGAGCGCGACGUGCAACGACUGGAGACCGCGGAGCAGCGGCGCACGGACCGGCGCGAGGCGCUGCUGUGCAAGCUGGACGGCGCGCAGCGCGGCAGCCGGCAGCUGGUGGAGUGGCUGGCGGCCACCCGCGCCGCCGGCGGCUUCCGGGGCCGCGUGCUGGGGCCAGUGCUUCUGGAGCUGUCGCCGGUGGCGGACGCGGCCUGGGCGGGCUACCUGGAGCAGUACAUCGGCCGGCGCGGGCUGUGCACGGUGAUGACGGAGCAAAAGGAGGACAACAACAAGGUGCAGGACUGGCUCGAGGCCAACGGCUGCACACACCAGCUGAUGUACGUGCGGGGCGGCGCGCAGCCCGUCACGCACCCCGACGGCGAGCCGGGCGCCUACACCCAGAAGUACGGCAUCACGCACACACUGGACCAGUUGUUCGAGGCGCCGGACCUGAUCAAAACGGCGCUGUGCAACUCCAACGGCAUCAACACGGUCUACGUGGGCAACAACCACACGCACAGCACACCGGUGUUCACCGCCCUGCUGCGCGACACGCCCGUCACCCGCGUCUUCACGCCGCUGGGGCUCACGGUCGCCACGCACAGCCGCUACGAACGCGGCUACACGACGCAGAAACUGGCGCACCUCCAGCCGGCGCGGCUGCUGGCCCAGGCGGGCGCGGCGGGGGCAGAGGAGGAGGAGCAGCAGGAGCGCGCGGCCCUGCAGCGCAGGCGGCAGGAGCUGGAUGACGCGCGUCGCGAGCUGGUGCGGCUGGAGUCGGAGCUGGCGCAGCGGCGCACGGCCCGCGACGCCCUGCACCAGGAGCGGCAGCGCCUGCUGCAGGCGCGGCAACGGAUCCAAACCAAGCUAGCGGAACUGGAGCGGGCUCACGGCGACUACAGCCGGCGGCUGCAGCGGCUGACCCAGGAGGGCGACCCGCUGGGGGCCGUGCAGCAGCUGUCGCAGCGGCUCGCGGAGGAGGUGGACCGCUUCGCACGACUGGCCGGCGCGCUGGGCGAGCAGGUGCGGCAGCAGCACGAGCUGCACCGCCAGCUGGCGCCGCUGCAGCUGCAGGCCGCGGAGAUGGCGGCGCGGAAAGCGCCGCUGCAGCGCGCCUACCAAGCCGCAGUCGACCGACUGGCGGCGGAGACACAAGCCAAGGGUGCGGCGCAGCAGGCUUUGGACGUGGCCAAGCAGGUGGCGGCGGAGGCGGCGGCGCUGGCGCGGGAGGAGCUGGGCGGCGCGGCGGCGCCGGGGGCGGAGCUGGUGGCGGCGUGGUCGGGCUGGCCGGAGGACGCGGGCGGCUUGGAGGCGCUGAUGGCGGACAAGACGGCAGAAAUGGAGGCGGCGCAGGCGAACCUGCGCGGCGACGAGGUCGCGGUGUUGGCAGCUUGGAGCCGGCGUGAGGGGGAGCUGCGCGAGGAGGGCGCCAAGGCGGCGGCGUAUGAGGCGGACGUGGGCAGGACCAGCCAGGAGGUGGAGGAGCUCAAGGCCUCCUGGCUGCCGGAGCUGCAGGGCCACAUGGCGGCCGUCAAUGAGGCGCUCAGGCGCAACUUCGCCGCCAUCGGCUGCGCCGGAGAGGUGGCGCUGACAGAGGCCGGGGACGCCUUCGAGUCGUACGCGGCGGAGAUCCGUGUGCAGUACCGGGCGGGCGAGGGGCUGCGGGCGCUGGACCGCAACCACCACAGCGGCGGCGAGCGCAGCGUGGCCACCAUGUUGUACCUCAUAGCGCUGCAGGGCGUCACGCGCACGCCGUUCCGAGUGGUGGACGAGAUCAACCAGGGCAUGGACUCAAGGAAUGAGCGCAAGGUGUUCAACCUGCUGGUGGAGAGCAGCAGCCGCCCCGACACGCCGCAGUGCUUCCUGCUCACGCCCAAGCUCAUCGCCAACCUGCAGUACAACGAGCACGUGCGGGUGCACGACCUCAAGCCCAUACGGAACGACUUCAUUGUGAUGACACCCGGCCUGGUGGACCGGCUGCUGCUGCAGCAGGCCGCACAGCGGGAGGAGGCGGAAGCGGGGCAGGCGGCGGGGCAGGCGGCACAGCCCGCCCGCCGCGCGGCCCCGCCGCCGCGGCAGCGCACUGACGUGUCGCUGUUUGGUCUGGGGCAGCUGCCCUGGCACCUGCUCAAGGACUUCAUGGUGGUCCGCCGCGCUGCGGUGGGAGGAGAGCAGAACUGACCGCCAUGUGUUGAUAUAAACAACAAAACAAAGCCCCGCCACGUGUGUGUGUAUGGAGGGCACUGGCCGGUGUGGGUGGAGGCGGGUCAUGAGGGGUCAUGAGGAGUUAUGAGAGAUGAGGCCAGCGAUGGCUGCAAUGCAGCAGAGGCGGUGAACUUGCACGGACAGGGCGUGAUUCGUAGAAGCCUGCG